AUGGCUCAAACAAAACCAAAACCCCUUUCAGCCUUUACCAAACUAUCACCUUGCGUCUAUCUCUACGAGCCUAGCACCACAGCUAGCACCACACCACUGCCAGGUCAUCCGACCACUAUUUUGCUUUGCAGCUGGAACAAUGCCGCCCCGAAACACAUCUCCUACUAUACCACCUACUACACCAAUCUCUUUCCUUCUUCCCGUAUCGUUCUCUGCACCAUGAAAACCUCACAGUUCCUCCUUCAAUCCGAAGCUCGCCGACGCAAAGAUGUCGCUCCCGCUAUCGAUGCCCUAUUUUCCGGAUCCCCCGACGGAAGUGAGAGACUACUAGCCCACUGUAUCAGUAACGGUGGCGGGAAACGUCUCUAUGGAGUUACGGGGUUGUAUUACUCCUUAAAGGGCAAACCGCUUCCUAUAUCCACCAUAAUCUAUGACUCCUGUCCUUCCCUCCCAUGGUUUAAGCGAGAUUUACACGCUCUUCUCCACGUGCCUGGAGCAAAACUUCCAUGGUUGUUAUAUAUACCCCUAGCGAUCCUGGCUGUCCUAACUGCGUCGAUACUUUACUUCAUUGUGCAUUGUUGUCCGCAUUGGGUUUGGAGAGAUUUAGUGAGAGGGCCUUUGGAGGGGUUGAAUGAUGAGAGAUUGGUAAGUAAGAGAGCGACGAGGGGAUAUAUUUAUAGUGAAGAGGAUGAUGUGAUUGAGUACACUGAUGUAGAGGAGCAUGGGGAAAUUGGGAAACAGAAGGGCUAUAGAGUAGAGAGGGUUAAGAUGGUUGGUGGGAAGCAUGCGCAGAUGUUUAGAGGGCAAGGGGGUGAGGAGGUUUAUUGGGGUUUUGUCAAGAAGUCGUGGGCAGACGGGUUAGGAGGGAAUUAA